AGCUUUCCGGAAGUAUAUCCGCUAGGGUGCUCAGGCGGAAUACCAGUACCGUCAACUGGGAAACUAGUUGUUUAACUGUACAUGGCAUUUGUCUUUCUCUAUGUGACAGCCCGAAAAAGGAAUAUUUUAAUGGUAGAUCCUCUACAAUGUGUUAGUGUUUACUGAAGACGUGAUUGUUUGGCAGAUACUGAACUACAGCCUCUCUAACGGUACAAAGCGGGCCAGUAAUUAGGUGAUUAAAAUGACCAGUUGCAGCGUUUUUCGCACUCAGAUGAGCACCAUUAUGGAUGUACUUGCUAAAGCAGCCGUUUCCGAAAUAUGCAAGCUUGUCGAUGAUGGGUACGCGGUGUUACGGUUAGAAAUAUCGCGGAGUAAGGAGGAGAAUCAAACACUGAAAAGAAAAUUAAAGAUAAUGGAACUGAUGAUCGCACAGGGAUGUGUGGCACCAGAAGAGAGUGACUCUGAUAAAGCAGCAUGUAAGGGCGAAUUAACAAGCGGUGAUGCCCAGUUCAUGGCCACAGUGGAACCCUCAUAUGCUAACCUUUGGAGAGACGAUGAUUCAGACUCUAUCGCAGAUCAUGGCGGAAGGUUUGAGUUGCAACUUAUCAAACAGGAGAUACUAGAGGAAGACUUUGGGCAGAGGGACUGUCAGGAAGAACUGAAGAUGUAUGCGAAAAGUGCUGAGGGGCCUGCAGAAGCUGCUGCAGGUUUGUCUGUCUUGGACACAAAGACUACAUCUGCAGAAGAUGUAGAGGAGCUUCCUGGACAGCAGAGAAAUGGAGCCAGUGUUUGGGAAGGCAGCAGCUCCGGUGACAACCUCAAGGCUGAGCUAGAGAAUGGGACCCUGAGCCAGACGCCCCAGCAAACGGGGUCUGAGAAGACCAUGGAAAGAGGGAACGCUCUUGCUUAUGACUACAUCACGUGCGAGAGGCUUGGUCACACGGAAGCUCUGUCUGCUCCGAGAUUCUCCGACCAAGGAACCAAGGAGGUAGCUGCCUUCUACACACCAGAACCAACGUCCAAGUGCCAACCUCUUUCCUCUGGCCUGCAGUCGCUUCCUCCACCGUGGAGCGACACUGGAAACUGUACACCUUCUGCAGAAGUGCUUAAUGUGAAAUUGGGUGAGGCUAGGAUGGACACCGAUUACUUUAAAGUCGAGACGGACCUGAGUUCUACGUGGGAUGAAGAGGGGAGGAUGGCCAACAUGGAGCAUGACCACCAAAAACAACAACAAAUGCACAGCGAGUCCUCAGAUUGUGUUCCCGCGUAUUCCUCAGAGUCUCAGAUGGCGGAGAGCGAGGAUAUAGCAGCUGAGCUGAAAUCCAGAACCCCAGGCCUAAAUGGAUGGGACCCGUAUGAUAACCAGUUGACUGAAACUGUAAAUACCGACAGCAGUGCGGAAGCAAAUAUGGACAGACUCAUUUGUGUAUAUUGUGGAAAGAGCUUCGCCUGUCAGGAUGUCCUUGAAACACACCAGAGAAUACAUACUGGGGAGAAACCAUUCCAGUGCACGCAGUGUGAAAAGAGAUUUGCACAGCUGAGCAAUCUUAUAAUACACAAGAGGGUCCACACUGGAGAGAAACCGUACUGCUGUACGUACUGCGGAAAGCAGUUCGCCCAGUCCCGUUAUCUCGUGACGCACCAGAGGGUACAUACUGGAGAGAAGCCAUUUAAGUGCACGCAGUGCGGAAAGCGCUUCGCUCAGUCCAAUAAUCUUAUACGGCACCAAAGUGUCCACACUGGGAGAAAACCCUUCAGGUGCUCGCAGUGCGGAAAGUGCUUCACGACCUCAAGUCACCGGAAACGACACGAAAGUGUGCACUCGGGGAAAAAAACGAUGUCGCAGGACAUCACGAUGUCGACCAGUGUUGGUUUUCAAACACAGAUAACCUCCAUCAUGGAGGUGUUAACUAAAGCGGCUGUGGCUGAAAUUUGCAAACUUGUGGAUGAAGGCUACGCAGUGCUGCAGCUGGAGAUAUCCAGAAGUCGGCAGGAAAACGAAAUUCUUAAACAAAAACUGUCGAUACAGAUGAUGGCGACGGGGGCUGCCCAGGAGAGACCCGCAAACGAAAACAUUAUUCCCAGCUCCGCUGGAAUUUUUGGGAAACCACUGGGUCCCCGCUGGAGAGACGGCACUGCUCCGGUCCUGGAUAGGGUUUCUGACAUUGAUGAGGAACAGCCCAAUUUGCUGCUCGUAAAAGAAGAGGAUUUGGCAAGCGCCGACUCACUGAGAGAGCUGAACGUCAUUGAAGAGAGUUUCGCGGAGCUUGAGGCUGCGGAAAAGCCCGGCAAAGCAGACGCCGUGAUUGGCACAGCAGAAGACAUGAAGGGACUUGGUGCGUGGGACGACGGGGGGCUUGGCGCCGCCCUCAAGGCGGAGGUGGGAGCGGAGCUUGACGACCACGAACUCCACCGCUGUAGGCCGGGUCUCAGUGCAGAAAGACGGAGCCUUCCGGAAUCUGAGGUUUCCAUGUUUGACAAACCUGCUCUAGAAAUGUGCUAUGCAGAAAAUUCCGGAUUGGAACAGGAGGAUCCGGCUAGCUCAGAAGGCGACUUGGAACUUUUCUCAGCUGACACAGUGCUUCCUCACUUAGGACCUUUCAACAAACCCCUGUGGUUUACGGACCAGAAUGCCGACUUGCGGAAAAAACGCUACGAUUGCGACUACUGUCAGAAGAGUUUCAGCUCUUCGCAAAGUCUUGAGGUGCACCUGAGGGUACACACCGGCGAGAAGCCGUUUAAAUGUGCGCAGUGUGGGAAAAGAUUUGCCCAGUUAUGCAACCUCAUAACACAUAGGAGGGUUCACACCGGGGAGAAACCGUUUCAUUGCGCCGAAUGCGGCAAGCGAUUUGCCGAUCCAGGUUACCUUAAAAGACACCAGAGCGUUCACACUGGCGAGAAACCGUUCAUCUGCCAGGAGUGUGGGAGAAGUUUCUCAUUCUCCAGUAACCUGGCAAGGCACCGCAGUCUUCACGCUAGAAAAGACCCGUUAAACUGUAAACGUGGUGCGAAGAAAUUUAUUUCUACAAGUCACACAUAAGGGAAAGCGCAUAACAGAAAAAAAAUAUUAGCAUGAUGUUAAUGUCACUUAAUAUCGUCCAGUUAAUAUUCAUCAAAGGCUGUGGAUAUAUGUGAACAGUGUAUUUGAGAUUUAACUGUAUUUCCCCAUAUUAUUUGGUAGAUCAGAUUUCUAGUUUCAACCUGGACUUAAGCUAACAUACCAAAUAAGUGCAUAUGUUAUAUGUGUAAUUUUAUAGUAUUAAGAUCCUGUCCAGGGUGUACCCAUAUGCUUUGACCUUUGACCCCUGGAAUUGGCCUGUGACCCUCCCUAAUCUAGAUGAGUACGAAGGUGGGUUGUUGGAUUGGUAAUUUUGCCAAAAAAUACGAUGUAAUAUUCAAUGAUGCUGACCCAAGUCAUUUUCAACCAAGUGCAAUUAUGUCAGGGUGAAAAGCUGCUGCCUUUCCUGUUAUGAACUACAACAUAAUUUCAUGGCUGAUAGUUUGACAUUAAUGGCACUAGUUACUGUGUUAAUACUGACUGUGUUAAUCCAUCUUCCAUAACCACUGUCUAGUAUGGGGUCACACUUAGACUGAAUUCAAGCCCAUGAGGUACAGACUACAAAGCAGGGUAUGCUACCAAAGGUCAUGGGUAAUGUAAAGGUUGGCAACACUCAGUUAUUCUGAAAAAUCUUUAGGUCACGGUACUGAAAUUCUAUGGAUGGAUGCAUCUUUAAUACAGGCUUUAAAUGAUGGGUUUUUGCUUGAUACAUUUUAAUUUGUUUGGCCAGUGGUUUGAAACAUUUUAUCUGUAUUUAACAUAAACCUUUUUUUGCUUUUGAAAUGCACAAAUGUCAUAGCCCUGACCUCUUAGAUUGGUUUGUGUUUCUGGCUGGUAGGCAGUAGCAGAAAUAUUACAUGUAACUAAAUGUAAAUCAUGUCCCUAUGAAAAUAAAUUUUCAAGUAGGAGUGGUGAGAAAAGUGGGGAAUCCAAAUA